CUCCCCUCAUUCUUCUUCUUGCAUUCUUGUCGCUGCACUGCUGUUUUGAACUUUUCUUUCGCUGGUUUUCUUUUUUUUUCACUCUUGAAUUAUGGGCUCCGUGCUCCCCGCAGACGCUUUGGCUCUCAAGUCUGGAUUUAAGUGUCCGAGUCGCGCGCUCUCGGACGUGAUCACCUCGGACAUCCUGCACAGUUUCCUGUACGGCAGGUGGAGGAACGUGCUGGGUGAACACCUGGCGGAGGAGCGCCACAGCGGCAGCCCCAAGACGGCGUUCACCGCGGAGGUGCUGGCUCAGUCUUUCGUCGGAGAGGUGCAGAAGCUGUCCAGCCUGGUGCUGCCAUCAGAGGUGAUCAUCGCGCAGAGCUCCAUCCCCGGAGAAGGUCUGGGCAUCUUCUCAAAGACUUGGAUCAAAGCAGGGACAGAGAUGGGCCCCUUCACGGGGAGGGUGCUCUCACCUGAGCACGUGGACCUCCUCAAGAACAACAACCUGAUGUGGGAGGUGUUCAAUGAAGACGGCACGGUCAGGUAUUUCAUCGAUGCCAGUCAGGAGGAUCAGCGCAGCUGGAUGACGUAUAUUAAGUGCGCGCGGAACGAGCAGGAGCAGAACCUGGAGGUGGUGCAGAUCGGCAGCAGCAUCUUCUACAAAGCGGUGGAGACCAUCCCACCAGACCAGGAGCUUCUUGUCUGGUAUGGAAACACCCACAAUACUUUCCUGGGAAUCCCUGGAGUUCCUGGAGUGGAAGAAGAGCAGCAGAAAAAGAGCAGGAACGAUGACUCCCACCCCUGUGACGGCCCUUCUUCCUGCUCUCCCCCCUCCUCCACAACCACAGCCGGCCGCAUGCGCUGCGUCAUCUGCCACCGCGGCUUCAACUCCCGCAGCAACCUGCGCUCACACAUGCGCAUUCACACCCUGGACAAGCCGUUCGUCUGCCGCUUCUGCAACCGCCGCUUCAGCCAGUCGUCCACGCUGCGGAACCACGUACGCCUGCACACCGGAGAGCGGCCCUACAAGUGCCACGUGUGUCAGAGCGCCUACUCUCAGCUCGCGGGCCUCAGGGCGCACCAGAAGAGCGCACGGCACAAACCGGUGACGCACAGUGCAGAAGUGACAUCCCAGGUGUCCCCUCCUCCUCCACCACCUCCUCAGAUGACAGCCAUGACCCACCAGCACCAGAUGCCCCUCGUACACCACAUCCCCACCAUGGUGCUAUGAUGACAUAAGCGUGGAGGGACAGUGACACAGAACAAUGUUGCACUUUAGAUUACAGCUGUAGAGGAGAGGUGAAAACAUCCCACAGAGACACUGACAUCUGCUGCCUUAUGUAAAGAUGAAAUAUACAGACAAGAAAACAACUCAAGACUUUAUAGAACAUUUUGUCAUCAGUGUGUCAUUUAUUAACGCAGUUAUACUUUCUUUAACGUACUAUUUUGAGUCACAAUCUCACCUGCUCAGGUGAACACUCCAGUCAGUCAGAGAUCUGUACAUUGAGUAGAAAUGUUCCCACGCCGUAUAUGAAUUUGUCACUUUAACCUUGCACAGACUGUAAACGAUACUAUUGUUGACUUGUAAAAUUGUACUGUAUGCCUCUGUACAUGUGAAUGUAAAUACA